UGUGUUAAUAUAUUUUAGUUACCGGCGGAGCUUCAAACAGUUUAGACGUUCAAUAAAAAUAAAAAAUACCAACCAGAAGACACGGUAUAACAAGAAAAUUCUUUUGAUUUGUAGUUGGUGUAUGGGAAUGAUGUAUAGAGAUUAAGAUAGAAGACUUUUAUGGAGUAAAAAAAUAUAUACAACACACAAAAGAAAUGAGUUGUGGAAAAGCUGCAACAGUGUGAACAUAAAUAAACCCGCAAAUUCCGAGCAGCAGCAAAAAAAAACCGUUAUGUAUAAUAAUACGUGAAAUACGAAAAGGAAUAAAAUGAAAUGUGAAAAAGGGAAAAAAAGGUGAAAAAUUACUGUUGAUGGAAAAAAUGACUUAAAAAUAAAGUGGUUUUUGUGCGAUAUAAUAGAGUGUGAAUUAAUGGAACGAGUGUUUUAUCGGCACAAGAAAAAAAUGGGAUUACAUUGAAUAAAAAAAAAACGUUUCAGAAAAUUUUACAGUGAAGUGAUAACUGCAAUAUUACAUAAUAUAGAUUGUACGACGGUAACAUGGGUAUGUCAGGAACGGAUUAACAUGUUCAUUCAGUGGAAAGGGUGGUGAUUGGAUAAAAGGAAAUGGAUUGGAACACUAAGUCGGUCAUUGUACUUAUCUUGCACACAGACUUAAUAUAUCUCACUGUAGCAUCCCUUAUUGAAAGUGGUAUUCAAGCGCCGAUAUUUUUACAAGAACCUUUGUCAAGACUUACAUUUAGCAAUGACAGUGGUUCGCAAAUUUCAUGCUCAGCACAUGGAAACCCUAGUCCAACGGUGACGUGGGUGUUGCAUGACGGAUCAGUAGUUAGCUCGGUGCCCGGAUUAAGACAGACACCAGGAAACGGAACUCUGUAUUUUCCACCAUUCCUAGGGCAAUACUUUCGUGCCGAUGUCCACGAAGGAAUAUAUCGGUGUAAGGCGUCGAAUUCAGUCGGAACAAUAUUAAGUCGAAACGUUUAUGUCCAUGCAGUCGUACGAAAGUUCUAUGACAUUCGGGUGGAAGGCAAAGAUGUUUAUUUAGGAAAUGUUGCAUUUCUUCGGUGCUUCAUACCGGAAUACGUUAGAGAAUACGUUAAAGUGACGUCAUGGUAUAGGGAUGAUGAAAUAUUGUUACCGGAGCUGGCAGAUAUAUCUGGAAGGUAUGCUGUCACUUCCGGAGCGGGCGAUUUACAUAUACGGACAGUCAAAUCAGAGGACGGACUGAAAAAGUAUUCGUGCUUAGCAACAAACACGCUGAAUGGAGAAAGGAAAGUUAGCGAGUCGGUAACACUAUCGGUGAAAGAUAUGUCGACGAAUAUGGCACCACGAACUAAUCAAAAACCAGUCAUCGAUAUGUUUGUCGACCGAGGAAAUGACAUUCACUUGCCGUGUAAUAUUCAAGGAAAUCCAUUACCAGUAUUUACGUGGUUUCGAGUAUCUGAUUCAAAUGCUUUGUAUCCGGUUCCAUCCUCUCAGCGCAUUAUACCAUCGCAGACGCUGUUGCUGAUAAAAAAUGCUGACGAAAGGGAUACCGGAAAAUGGGUGUGCAAAGCAUCAAAUCAAUUUGGCGAUCAGCGCAUUGAGAUACGCUUGCAUGUCAACUCUUUUCUCUCCGUUCACAUCCAUCCCCAAGUUCAAAUUGUAAACUCCGGCGGCACAGCUAUAUUCAAUUGUUCCAUAACCGGAACUUCAAUUGAAAAUGUGGAAUGGUUUCAUGAUGGCACAAUGAUUAUGACAGAUAAUGCUUUACACGACAACAAAAUUAAAUUGCUGACACCAGUUUCUUUGGCCGUAAAUAAUGUGGGUCGAAACGACAAAGGAAUUUACCAAUGUUCGGUGACCAAUAAAAGAAAUAGCGCACAAGCGAUGGCUGAACUAAAACUAGGAGAUACCGUACCGGAAUUAAUUUAUACGUUCAUCGAACAGAAUGUCCGUCCAGGUCCAUAUGUUUCUUUAAAGUGUUCUGCAACCGGAUCACCACCGCCUCAAUUUACAUGGUUAUUGGACUCACAGCCCAUAAUAGAUGUCUCAUCGUUUCAUCGUUAUGCUAUUGGGCAGUAUGUGGACAUUUCGGGCGAUGUAAUAAGUCAUUUAAAUAUAUCACAUGUCCGAGCAGACGACGGUGGACUCUAUACAUGCGUUGCCUUAAAUUCCAUGGGGAGUGUAGAACAUGCGGCACGAUUAAAUGUUUAUGGUCCUCCGUUCGUUCGUGCAAUUGGCCCACUCAAAGCUGUAGCUGGUGUUCAGUUAAUAAUUCGUUGUCCAUUUUCUGGUUAUCCUAUCGAGUCGAUUCGUUGGGAGAAAUCCAGACAAGAAAUUUCACCAAAUCCUCGAUAUGAAAUAGCAAGUGAAGAGUACGGAGAUCAGCUAAAAAUUAAUAACGUGGAUUCCACUCAAGAUUCUGGCCUGUACACAUGCAUCGUACGAAGUCGGGCAGGAGAAGAAGCUAGACGCGACAUGCAAUUGACUGUUAACAAUCCACCUGUUAUCGAAUCGUUUAAAUUUCCCAAAAAUCUUCAAGAAGGAGGACGGGCUCAAGUCACCUGUGCCGUUUCAUCUGGGGAUAUGCCAGUGUAUUUCAGUUGGAAGAAAGACGACGCUCCAAUAUCUAUUAGCUUACAGAUCACCGAAAAGAAGGACGAAUUUUUUUCGCUGCUUGUUUUCAAAGAUAUCACAGCUCGACACAGUGGAAGGUAUACAUGCUUUGCAUCGAAUUCAGCAGCAAAAGUUAAUUAUACUGCAGAGCUGUUAGUCAGAGUACCACCCAAAUGGAUACACGAACCGAAAGACACAGCCCUAAUGUUGGGCAAUACGAUGAUCAUCAAUUGUUUUGCUGACGGUUAUCCUCAACCAACGAUUACUUGGUUCAAAGGAGAAGGGAAGUCGUCAAAGGAAUUCAAAUCAAUUCAUUUGAAAAAUAGCUCAUUAGUAGUUAAUUUUGCGACUGAAUUGGAUGAGGGCUUUUAUAUGUGCCAAGUGAGCAACGGAAUUGGCCACGGCCUGAAAAAGAUUAUUCAUGUCAACAUAAAUGAACCGGCACGAUUUGACACACCAAUGAAAAAUGUGUCAUCACGGCGAAAUGAUCCGAUAACGCUAAAUUGUUUGGCCCAGGGCGACGAACCACUAAAUAUCAUCUGGACGCAUAAUAAUGCGAGAAUCGAUUUGCAUAAUUAUCGCCUUAAUAUCGGAGAAAUGAAAACGGAAGACGGAAUUAAUUCCCAACUGUCCAUCAGUCGAUCGGAUCGACAAGAUUCGGGUGUCUAUAAAUGUUUGGCGGAGAAUUUAUUCGGCAAGAGUGAGCACGUAAUAUAUCUCGCCGUACAGGAGCCUCCCGAUACGCCAUCAAAUUUGGAAAUAAUCGAAAUAAGUAGUCGAUCCGUUAAACUUUCAUGGAAGCGACCGUUUGAUGGAAAUUCACCAGUUUUAAGCUAUGUUGUUCAAUAUCAACCAUUCAAAUACUUGCAUGGCCAUUCAUCUAUUCUGAAUGCAGAUGCCGAUUGGAAUACAUUACAGACAAUCAAUAUAACUUUACCGACUAUUAGCAGUGGAACGAGAAGUCCCGAUGGCAAUGUACGCGAACAAGCGACUUUAGCUGGCCUCCAUCCAUCAACAACAUACCUUGUGAGAAUGUUAGCCAUAAACGAAAUCGAACGGAGUUCGUUUACCGAUCCAAUUGUGAUAAAAACCCGUGAGGAAGCGCCCGUCGAAGCGCCACAAAAUAUUCAAGUUCAAUCAGGCGGAAUUGGAGAAUUGAUUGUCACCUGGCAGCUACCGCCGAAGGAAUCGUGGAAUGGGGACUUGAUUUCGUUUACGAUAAAUUGUACCGAAGAAAAACAAAAUAUAAAUUACAUUAGCUCCAAUGAUACGGUAAGAAAGUUAAUAAAAGUGGAGGGAUUUGCAACCACGAAAACAACAAUUACCAAUUUACGAACAUAUCGACGAUAUUCGGUAAGCAUUCGAGCGAAUAAUGGUUUCGGUGCCGGGCCAUGGAGUAUGCCCGUUUUUCAAACAACACUGGAAGGUAUACCGGAAGCGGCACCACAGCAUGUUAAUUGCACAUCACUUUCAUCGCAAAGCAUCAAAAUCGUAUGGGUCGAACCAUUGCUGCAAUAUCACGGCGGCGUUAUACAAGGAUACAAAAUUCUCUACGCACCGUUGGUACAAGACAUCGACAUUUUGACGAGUAAUGAAGUGAAACGAACAUCGAAUUUGGAAACUUAUUUGCACGCUCUGUAUAAGGCGACCAAUUACUCAAUUAGAGUUCUUGCCUACACGUCGGUGGGUGAUGGCGUUCCGAGUAAUCCAGUUUAUUGUUCGACAGAAGAUGAUGUUCCCGAACCACCGCUUCAAAUAAAGGCAGCUGCAUUGACUGCUGAUUCGAUUUUGGUCUCUUGGUUACCGCCGAAGCAUAAAAAUGGCAAUAUCUUACACUAUACGGUGUACAGUCGAGAGGCUGGCAAAAAGGGACAAGCGAGAAGUUCGGUGAUACGUGUCGACGAAUACGGCAAUCCUGUGACAUUCGAGGCGAGAAAUUUGAAUGAGAAUCAAAUAUACGAAUUUUGGGUAUCGGCAUCCACAUCAAUUGGUGAGGGUGAACCGACCGCUGUUGUAGCACAAACAACAAAUACUAGAGCACCUGCUCGAAUAGCAUCAUUUUCGCAAACAAUACGAAAAUCCGUCGGAAGUAGUUUAUCACUCGAGUGCCUUGCUGUCGGUCAACCGCAUCCGAGAGCCCGUUGGUUCACAAGAGAUCGUCCAGUCACGUUUAGUCCAUUUUACGAAGUAGCACCCAACGGAAAUCUGAAAAUACACAGCAUUGAAGUGAGCCUAUCCGGCAACUACACUUGUUCCGCCAAGAAUCUAUUCGGUGAAGAUCACAUUGUCUAUACGGUGAUUGCAAUGAAGCCACCGGUCGCACCGCAGAUUAUCGUGCACUAUGCAUCGUCCGAUAGUAUUCGCAUUAGUUGGGAUAGUGCUGAUGAUGGCGGUGCUGCGAUUCAAGGCUUCAAAUUGUCAUACCGCAUUUUCGGCGGAUCGUGGACUCAGGUCGAUUUUACGCCGGAGAAUACGGCGUACACAAUUGUCGGAUUGAAAUGUGGCACGCAAUACAUAUUGAAGAUGUCAGCCGUUAAUCGGGUGGGUGAGGGUCGAGCAAGUGAUGAGAUAAUUAUUUGGACGAAGGGAAAAAAGCCACAGGAACCGGAAAUGGCUGACCUACUGCAAGCAAAUUCUUCAUGCGUUAACUUAAAUCUUUCGUCGUGGAACAACGGAGGAUGUGCGAUACUACAUUUUUCCAUCGAACAUCGACCGCUCGGGCAUACCCGUUGGACAGUUGUUACAUCGGACAUUUCGAAUUCGGAUGAAAAUCGGGAAAAUUUAGUUUUCUGUGAAUUCGCCUCGGCUACAUGGUAUCAAUUGAAAAUGUCCGCAACAAAUGAUGCAGGAAAGACAAACGCACAAUACUACUUCGGCACAACCAAUUUGAACGGUGAUCCGAUACCCAAGCCAGAUGUAUUCCCCGAAAUGGAUCAGACAAGCAUCGUUCCAUAUGUGGAACCAUUCGAUUGGCUACCAUAUGCUGUCGUCGGAUUGAUUGUGUUCCUGACCUUGCUGUUAAUUUGUGUCAUUCUCAAGCACAGAGGUGCAUUUUGUGGUCCCAUAUCUGAGGGUUACGAAUCGCGAACAAUACCUGGUGAAUACAAAGACGAUAGAGAAAAUCGGCGAAAUCAACAGGUCUACAGUGCUUCGCCUGUGAAAACAGUCGAUAAGUGUAACGAUUCGGAAAUGUACGAAAUAUCGCCGUAUGCAACGUUCAGUGUGUCGGGAGGACGAACAUGUACGAGUCAGGUUAAAACGCCAACAAGGGGUGUGAAUAACUCGACCCUUGAUUAUACCGUGCAGUUUAAAACAUUUGGUCAUCCGGAAGGUGAGAAUUUGAAUGCAACGGCCUACCCAAUGCUACCAAGUGGUUUUGGUCACGUCAAAGGAAAGUCAAGCUGGCACAAGCAAAGAUUUAUUACAACUGACGAUGAGUCCACAUUAAGUAAAUCAAUGACGAUAAUGGCUGGCAGUUCUCAACUACAAUCUCAUCGCAACAAACCGAUACGAAGUGAGUCGCGCUCAGGUAAUAGAAACGCAACCAGACACGAAAUUACGCACCAUGACGAAUCGGAAUCGGACACCAGUGCCAGUCCCAUAAACGAAUUUUCCAACACACCCACAUAUCGUGUUCCAACCAAAUCGUCAAGAGACGCAUUUCGACCGGAUUCAAGCACCGAAUCGAACAAUGACAAUUCACCGGUCGAACGACGAUCCAAUACACCUAGACACGUUACAUCUGAUGUCCGGUCGGUACGAACGCGACCCACAAAGCCACCCAGAGAAAGUAAAUCGAUGGAUCUGCUGCGAUCUGGAAGUAGUAACAACAGCUUACACAGUGAGGUUAAUCUGGGAACCAGCUUACAUUAUAGUCCACAGUCGGUAUUUUCUGAUUCUCGGGAAUUUAGCGAAGCUGAAUGCGAUAGAGAAAGAGCUUUGGAUUUAGAAGUUCAACGUGUAAUGGAAAAUAAUGACUCGAAGACAGUUGAAAAGGACGAGUUAACCUCACUGCUAGCAAGAUAUCAGGAGAAAAAAGAACAGGAACGACAGGAGUAUAUAAUACACGUUUGAAAAUAAUUUAAUCUGUAAACAUGUGCAAAAAUGAGAAAUAAU